UCCGCCGCUCUCCACGUUUCCCCCACCCCAGUGACCGCACCAAUGGCCACGCCGCAAUCUACGCGCGAAGAGGAAGAGGCAGCCGCGCUUCACGCCCUCACCUCGCAAUACCGCCAACUUGUCCCACCCCAAACCCUCCACUUCCCUCCACCGCACCUGCUCUCCCAGGAGCACUUCCAAGAUGCCAUAUACCACGCCCUCUUCUCCCCCUCCACCUCCCCCGACACCAUCCCACCACAGCGCUACACCGCCCGCGUCCUAAAAGCGCUCGUGGCCGAAAUCGAAGCCUCAAACCCCGACGAGAUAAAUUCCUCGCUCCUAUCGCUCUACAGCACGUUCCCCAGCAGCUCCGCGCCCCCGCCCACCUCGCGCGUCCCAGUAACCUACACACUCCCCGCGCCUUACCCCUCGAUAACACUACAUGAAACCCCCUCGCUCAUCUCAGGCCUCGGCACAACAGGCCUGCGGACGUGGGAGGCAGCACUAGCACUGAGCGAGUACCUACUAUUACACCCGCCGCACGGCCAGCGCGUACUAGAGCUCGGCGCGGGCACCGGCGUGGUCGCGCUUGUUGCCGCGAGGUGCGGUGCCGAAGACGUGCUGGCUACUGAUGGCGACGAGGGCGUGUGUGAUGUGCUACGGGAGAAUGUGGGAAGGAAUGGGUUGGGAGGAAGGGUCCGCGUGGAACAGAGACAGUGGGGUGGGAAGAGGGAUGUUCCUGAGGACGUGCAGCUUGUGGUCGGGGCUGAUGUGACUUACGAUGCGGAAGCGAUUCUGUGGCUGGUGGCGGAGCUGUCGUUUCUGCUGCAGGAGAAUCGGGAAUGCAAGGUUAUCAUUGCGGCGACGAUUCGGAAUGAGGAUACAUUCCAGGUAUUUAGGGAUAGCUGUGCGGAGGCAAAGCUCGCGCUGGUGGAGAGUGUCUACACCCUGCCUGAGCCGCGUGUGUUCUGGUAUGUGCCGCGGGCAGAGAUCAGGCUCGUCGAGGUUUCGAUGAUGGAGAAAUGAUUGAUAUACCUAGCAUAUGGCACGAUAUGUACGAUAUUGAUGACGUGAUGAGAAGAGAACAGUUUUGAUAACUA